CCACAGGAACAGAGUGCUGAAACUGCAGCAGCUGCUGUCCUGUAACUCCCAGCAGCAUUCUGCCCAAUCCAUGCCCCUUCCACCCAUCCCCCAGACACUGGUGCAUUACUGCCCAUGUUUCACCUAGAAAUACCAACAGUCCCAAGGAUGCAGUUCUCAUAUCCUUCCAUCGCAUAGGAAGAGGAGACACGUUAGCACCGACUCCUUCAACAUUGCAACAGGAAUCCUUCCUCUAGCAUCCCAGGGAGGUAGCAACAGCAGCAGAACCAACAGAAGGAUACUCACCAGCGUCAUCAUCAUCAGCACUAACCGGGCGAGCACACAUCGUCAGGAGGGCAGCAUCCUGAGAGGAGCUAGGUAGCCUUGUAGGGAUUAUCAGCAUAUCAGGAGGUUGCGUGCAUUUAGGGACUGGUGUGGAGAUGGUGGCAUGCCAUGCCAAUGCGAGACAGUACCGUCAGUGGCUUAGGAAAGGAUCCUGAGCUGCUUGGAUUGCAUUCCCUGGCACUGAGGUGGGCUAGAGACGCAGACUAUGCAGUAUGACUGCUGCUCAGUCUUUGUUUUUUUGGGGCAGUAUUUUGCUCAUGGUGACGUUGCUGCUAUAAUGAAUGGAGGAGACGUGAGUAAGAAACUGAGACAUUUGUUGGAACCAUGAGAGCUUACACUUUCUCGUAAUGCUAUUUUGCAGUGGUGCAGUCCCCUUUCUCCCUUCUUGUAAAUGUGUCCAUGAAAUGCACACGGACUCGGUUUAAGAUUAGAGGUUUGGGACAAUUGGAGUAAAUGGAAAACUCAUGAUUAUUUCUAAAAUGAUACUAGUGCUGCUGCUGUUGUUGUUGUUGUUGUUGUUGUUGUUGCUUUGAAAGUCAGUGAGUAACUUGAUUUUGAUAAUACCAAGUUUUUAUUCUUAGCGUGCACAUAGUUAAUGCUAUUUUGCAGCUGUCUAGGUGCUUCAUAUCCAGUUUUAUACGAAUAAUUCCCCUUUGCUAAGCAGAUGAGCACUUUCUAAUUGAUCAGUAGUUGGAGUUGUUUGUUGAUAGGUCAACAGUAAGUGAGCACAGCCCAAGCUGACAGCACACUCUUUUUUUCUAUAUAUCUUGGAGAGAAAAGCCCGCACAUGUUCUUGAGAACCGUCCUGUUCUUAUGGUGCUGCGGAUUGCUGAGUACAAGACAGAUGUUGCGCCAUCAGGGUCUCCUCAAGUGCCGGUGCCGCAUGCUCUUCAAUGACUUGAAGGUCCUCUUGCUCCGGCGCCCUCCGCAGACGCCUUGUUUGCCUAUGAACCACUCGGAAUGUGAUUUAGGCGCCGGAGGAGGCUUGGCGGCCAACAACAACACCUUGACCGCACUGGGGCGAGCCUGGAGGGUGCGAGCAGAUGGAAGCACUGCAGAAGAGGACUGGUGUUAUCCAGCUACAGCACCGGGGCUCCAGCACCAGCCUAUGUCCAUGGUCAGCAGCACCUCCUCGGAUGAGUUCUACAAGGGGAAAGCCGAAGAUAGGUACUCUCUUGGGAGCCUGGACAGUGGCAUGAGGACCCCUCUUUGCAGGAUCUGCUUCCAAGGACCUGAGCAGGGGGAGCUACUGAGCCCAUGUCGCUGUGAUGGAUCUGUGCGUUGUACACACCAGCCCUGUCUUAUUAAGUGGAUUAGUGAGAGGGGAUCCUGGAGCUGUGAACUGUGUUAUUACAAGUAUCAUGUGAUCGCUAUAAGCACAAAAAAUCCUCUUCAGGUAAAGUGGCAAGCCAUUUCCUUGACGGUGAUUGAGAAAGUUCAGAUUGCAGCAGCCAUCUUGGGCUCCCUCUUCCUUAUCGCCAGCAUCUCUUGGCUCAUCUGGUCAACCUUCAGUCCCUCAGCAAAAUGGCAGCGGCAGGACCUGCUGUUCCAGAUCUGUUAUGGCAUGUAUGGUUUCAUGGACAUUGUCUGUAUAGGACUGAUUAUCCACGAGGGACCCUCGGUUUAUCGGAUAUUUAAACGAUGGCAGGCAGUGAAUCAACAAUGGAAAGUCCUGAACUAUGACAAGUCUAAAGAUUUGGAGGAUCAGAAAUUAGGGAGUAGUCAGCGGACAAACCAGCGUAAUACAUCCCAGACUAAUAACUCGUCCACCGCUGCUGACACAGCCAAUAACGCCACCCUUGGUGAUAAUGGUAAUCAUAGCCAUGGUCACGCGGGAGCUCUUUCGGACCACCACUGUGCUUAUACCUUCUUUCACAUCCUUAGCCAUCUUAGACCACAUGAACAGAGAAGUCAAACUAGCACAAACAGAGAGUUUGUAAUGAGAGUGACCACUGUCUGAGGUGACCAAAAGGCCUUAUCUGGGAGACAUGUGCCUUUUUGUUUUAAAAUAAGGCCUCAGCUGGACCUUCUCACAGGCGGAUAGUUUAACGAGGUCCAGGAAGUUAAUGUGGUGCUAGUCGCGUCUAGUCCAUGGCUAAUCCUAAAGUGCAAUAUUGACUGUAUACUGAGAAAAGACACAAGCAUGAUUAUUGCACCCAUCUAAGCUGGUGGCUCUUGCAGGCAGCAGGAAGAGUAAAAUGGCCUCCUGCAAUGUCCACCACAUCUCACUUUCUGUUUAUAGGCUGAGAUUUACACUGCUACAAGUCUGUGCUCAGUUUCCGGCAGAAGUGCCAACAAGCACAACAGUGAAUCGGUUAAAUGUUUUGCUAAAAAUGAGACUCUGGGCUCCGGAUUCUACUGCGGAGAAUCUGUUUAUUUUAAUUUAACUAAUUCCCCUGAGGUUUCUAAAUCACAUCAGGGUUAUUCACGCUCAUUGCCUCACCCCGUCCCUAAAUCUGCCAAGGCUGCUGAGAGUAAGCAGGCAGAGACAUAAAGAGAGAGCGCAAUCCUCUGUUGCCACCUUUAUUCAUCAGGAAAGCAUUUGGCGCUCAUGGCUGAGUUUUUACUUUAGCCUGAUUGACCCCAGGCGAUAAUUAUUCACCCCAGUCUCCGUUAGUGUAACAAAUGACUGCCGAGGUCUAGCACAGUCGAUUUCCCCACACUUUGAUGGAAGCACAGGAUACACAAAAUUGUCUUAACAAUGUCAGGGAAUUGGUGAUUGUAUCCACUUCUCCUGAUGCUUUAUUCGGGCAGGUGGAGUCAAAGCACAAUUAUUGCAAUAAAAAAGAAUAUCAAUAUCAUAAAAGAUCAGCAAUUAAGUAAAAUUGCUCAACUUAUAAUAAGAUGAUCUGUAUGUAAAGAAAAGAGGCUGCAUUCAAAUGAAUACUUUAGUACCAUCAGCGCAGCACUAAGGAUAUUGUAAUGAUCAUUCUUGUAAUAUAAUCAAAACCAACAGCAAUUCUAUUAAAUUCUGUAAGGAAGGGGAGGGUAUGAGCACUAAUUAAACUGAUACAUGUCUGUUGAACUCUCCAGCUCACAAGUAGAUAAGAUACAUAAGGCAGCAGGGGAAUCGCCAUCCAAAAUGAUAUUGUAACUGGCAUUCUCUAAAUUAUAAUCAGACUGAGGAUUUAGGUGAAGUAGUUCACAGAGUUGUAGUUCUUCAUUAAGACCCAAGUGGCUCACUCAGAUAGACCUCGUGAGUGCAGAGCUUUAUCGUUAAGCACUAAGCCCCGUGGGUCUUAAUGAAGGACUAGAACUUUAUUAGCUAUUCACCUAAAGCCUCAUUCUUGUUUUAAUAAAUACAGUGUUCUGCAUUGGUCCACUACACUGGCAAACCCUAUCAAGGCUGCAAGGGUGUAGCAGUGCUCUGUCCUUAUUCGUACUACUUCAUGUUUCAGCCAGAGUUGGUGCCUCUCCCAGUACAACUCAUCUUAUUAUGACUUGGGCAAUGAUAUAUAUAUAUAUAUAUCUUCUCACACAUAUGCACACAUGGUGUUUUUUAAUCCAAUAAUCCAUAACUUUAAAGGAGUUGCAGAAUAUAUAAAUGGUACUCUAAGGAUGUAACAUUAUUUAGGGCACUGGGUGUUGAUGUUUUAAUGCAUCACUUAUGAAAGUAUUAGUAUAUUACUACUGUGAUUCCUGUUGUAUCUGUUAUGAUACCUGAAAAUCUCACGUGCUAAUAUUAUAAUAUUGAUAUUGGUAACAGUGCAGUAGUUUUGGUGGUGUCACUGAAGUAAUUCAUUAUGGCAAUAUUUCAGUAACAUUGCAGAACUGCAAAAUAUACAAAAUUCCUUGUGGCUCCUACGGGGGUCUAUCUGUGCUGCUUACACCAGUAUCACUAUGUUUGUUCCAUUGACUUCAUUGCAGACCCUGCGCCAGUGUUACAGAAUUACCUGCAAGGACAGUGGGUCUGAUUCAGAGAUGGUAGCAAAUGCCAUUACAGCGAUCCUAUACGCAGCGAUUGUGUGUAAAUAUGCAAAUGUGUCAGCCAUCGGGAUUUGUACUGAGACGCCCCUUGGUGGCUUCUCAGAUUCACCAUUUACACACAACGGCACAACCAUCGGAAGCACAUCAGACGAUUGUCAACAUUUAGAUGAACCCAAUGGGUGCUCAGUAUGGCUGUCGGAAGUUGGAUGCCGCAGCUAUUUUAACUGCAUAUGGGACCACAGUCAAAAGCUGUGAUACGCCCUCACAAAAAUCUUCCACUAUGUCCAAAAUCAACAUUACAUCCAUCUGUGAAUCAGACCCUGUGAUACUUUUUCUGCGCCAGUAAAAACAUAAGAUCACAGACUCCAGAGGGGAGUAGACAAUCCAGCCAACAGAUUAGAAGCUUUCACCAAUUACAACAAUUUGGAAGAUAUGUGGAUAAAACCACAAAACCCACGUUGCAUACAAUUAUAUUCUGUUUCUUUCACAAAAACAUUUUGUGCUUUAAUGUCACAUAAAAAAUCUGUGACAAAGAUGCAUUAAAUCUGUUACUUUUUCUGAUGUGUGUUAUUGGAAGCUGUACUUCAUAAAAAGUUUAUUUUUCCAUAAACAAAUACUAAGUGGACAGUUGUUGGUAAAUACAAGCUGGAGUGAGCACUU